AAUAAGAUUAUUUGUUGAUUCAAAAGUUUCAAAGUCCAAAUCUUUAUUCUCUUUGCCUGAAACUAGCAUGAAGCACCAAACCAGGCUCAAAGUCUUCCUCCCAAAUUUGCUAAUACUAGUAACCAUCCUACUCCAUUCAACAAUAUGGACUGGGGCACAGGAAGUUGAGGACGAGCAUGAGUUUGAUUACAUAAAAGGGAGCAAAAAGGGUCCCUCACACUGGGGCGAACUGAAGAAGGAAUGGGCAGCGUGUAAAAAUGGUGCUAUGCAAUCUCCAAUUGAUUUGUCAAGCCAUAGAGUGAGAGUGGUUCCUAAAUUAGGAGAGCUAAAGAAGAGUUAUAAGCCUCAGAAUGCCACUCUCAAGAACAGAGGCCAUGAUAUUCAGCUGAAAUGGGAGGGAGAAGCAGGAUCAAUAAAAAUCAACGGCACCGAGUUCUUUCUACAUCAAUGCCACUGGCACUCACCUUCCGAACACACCAUCAAUGGCAGGAGGUAUGACCUGGAGCUUCACAUGGUUCAUGAAAGCCUAAACACAAAGGGUAAGAACAAGGUUGCAGUUGUUGGACUUUUUUAUAAUAUUGGUGCGCCCGAUCCUCUUCUCUCCAAGUUGUCAAAGUACAUAAAAUCCAUGGUGGAUGAAGAAGCAGAAAGGAGCAUUGGGAUCAUUGAUCCCUCAGAAAUCAAGCUGGGUGGCAAGAAGUACUACAGAUACAUGGGCUCCCUCACUGUCCCUCCUUGCACUGAAGGUGUCAUUUGGACCAUUAAUAAAAAGAUAAGAAGUGUGUCAAGGGCGCAAGUCAAGUUACUAAGAGAGGCCGUACAAGAUCAUGCAGAGAGGAAUGCCAGACCUGUGCAACCCCUGAAUAGGCGAGGGAUACAACUCUAUAGUCCUAAACGGAAGGAAUAAAUUAACUACAUAAUUUUCGGAGCAAUACAUUUCUUUAUUUUGAUUUAAAAUAAAUUCUUUGACUACUAUUUGCUCCUAUAGUGCUAUUAAUGUUUCUAGGAUUUUGGUUUUUAUCCAACCCCACCCAAAUUAUAUGGUAUACUCGUGGUAAAAGACACUUAAUUGGUUCUAAAGCUGUCUCUUGCAUAUUUAU